AAAAUAUCAUUAUAUCAGAGAAAUGGAAGAAAGAAAAUACUAUUAUGUCAGAGAAAUGGAAGAAAGAAAAUACUAUUAUGUCAGAGAAAUGGAAGAAAGAAAAUACUAUUAUGUCAGAGAAAUGGAAGAAAGAAAAUACUAUUAUACAAUAUCAUUACACUAAAGAAAUGGACCGAAAAAACAAUGGCAAAAGCCGAUAUACGAUAAUAAUCUGA